AUGAAGACCACAACCGACCUUUUUGCGACACAGAAACCGCCUAUCUUUGACUCAACUCCACAGGCAUUGGAAGAAAAUGCACUUGAAAUUAUCAGUACCACCACCUCAACCUGGAAUUCGGUGGUAGCUAGCGUCCAGAUUGCCCAUGCCUCCUUUGAAAACACGAUCUGGCCACUUAUUCAGGACGAAAACGCCAAGUUUGAAAGACAACGCCUCUUGCGCUUCUGCGCAUCAACCCAUCCAGUCAAAGAAGUGCGAAAUGCAUCAAACGAAGUUUCCAAAAUGCUUAAUGAUGCCGAGGUGGAACUAUUUUCCCGACGCGACAUGUUCCUCUUGGUUGAUAGCGUAGUGACCAAAGCGACAAACCGAGAAUUUGCCCAGGAUGACGAGUCGCGUUAUUACCUGCAGAAGCUCCACAGACGCUUCCUUCAAAACGGAUGUGGGAUUACUGAUGAUGCCCUCAGGAAUGAGUUCACAGUCAAGACCAAACGCUUGAACCAUCUUGAGAGGGAGUGCAACAAGAAUCUUAUAGAGGAGACUGCGGGCCUCUGGCUGACGCCGGAAGAGCUAAAGGGCUUGCCCAAUGCUAUCUUUAGUCGACUCAAAAAAGGCGAGGGCAGCCAAGCUGGCCGGCUGUGGCUCCCCACCAAGACUCCCUUUAGCGCCCCGGCCAUGAAGCACGUGAAGAGGGAGUCAACGAGGAAGAAGAUCUAUUAUGCCGUCGAAAAUAGGAUGGCAGGGAACCUCCCUCUCUUCCGUGAAAUUGUUCUUCUCCGCGACGAGACAGCCAGGAUGCUUGGGUAUCCAACCCAUUUCGCGCGGAAAACGAGCGACAAGAUAGUUCAAACCCCAGAUGUGGUGGCUAAGCUGCUAUCGGAGAUUCGUGAAGCUGUAGCUCCUCUAGCUAUGAGCGAUACAGAAGAGCUUCUCGAGCUCAAGCAGCAGGAGGUAGGGGUCUUCGUGGAAAACGCAGACAAGCUAUUCCAUUGGGAUGUACCGUUCUUUACAGAACGGCGCAUGGAACGGGCGCAGACGAGAGAGUCAGCUGUGUCUGAAUACUUCGAACUACAAAAAACGCUUGAAAAAUUGUUCCAAAUGUUCCAACAUCUCUUUGGAGCAGAAGUACGAAGAGUUGAUACUGAAAACACUGAGGGUCUCCUUUGGCACGAAGAUGUCCAGAUGUAUACGGUCUGGAACGUUGAGAAUGAGGCAGAAGAAUUCCUCGGUUACGCCUAUUUGGAUCUUUUUCCUCGAGAUGGGAAGCACAGCCAUGCAGGACACUAUCCGUUGCAAUUUGGCUAUCAGCGGUCUGAUGGAAGUCGUUUCUAUCCAUCCUCGGUCUUGGUCAUGAACUACGUCAGACCAUUGCCCAAUCAACCCACUCUUCUCAGUCUGGACGACGUCCGAAAGCUUUUCCACGAACUUGGACACUUAUUCCAUGCUUUGCUCACGAGAACGAAAUUUGCAGGGCUCUGCCCAGUCGACCGUGACUUUGUUGAAGCACCAAGCAAAAUGUUGGAGCAGUUUUUCUGGCUCGAGCGUCAUAUCAAAGACCUCUCUUACCACUACUCAUAUAUCAGUCCAUCAAUGAUGUCUGCUUGGAAGGCUACUCUUGGGAAGAGCGCCGAAGAAAGCAGCCUGAAGACACCACCCGUUCAACUCGAUGACAAUCAAGCGGCAGCUCUAGCUCAGAGAAACAAGACUGGAAAUGUCCGAUCCCAGCUGAAUAACUUAUUCUUCGCCACAUAUGACAUGCUUAUUCAUAGCCCGGCUUCAAGGGAGGAGUUGCAGACGAUGAAUCUCACGGAGCUAUUCAACAAAACGCGCUCAAAUAUCUCCGGGGCUCAUGGAGGGGAGGCACUAGGGGAGGGAUGGGAAUGGGGCCAUGGUCAGACAGUUUUCCGAAACGUGAUUAACGGAUAUGAUGCUGGCUACUACAGCUACCUAUUGGGCACGGUACUAGCUUUUGACAUUUUUGAGACUGGAUUUCAACAGGAUACAAUGAGCCAGGAGGCCGGGCGGCGAUAUCGCGACAUGGUUCUCCGUGUAGGCGGGAGUCAGUUUGAAAUGAAGACUUUGAGAGAUUAUCUGGGCCAUGAGCCUAUUACCAGACCCUAUCUUGAGUGGCUAGGGGCUAUAUCCCGGCUCACAUGA